GCUCAUCCAGAACUACCUGCUCACAGAUGCUCCUUGAUAUUUGCUUAGAGGAGCCCUGCUGCCCUCCCAUCGUCAAGGGAACUGGCUGUGAGUUUGUAACCAUUAUAGCUGCGAUGAUGAAACAGUGAAGAAGAUCUGCCUCUAAGUCAAAAGUAUACAGAGAUAAGGUUCAUUUUCAGUGCCCUGCAGCAGCUUCUGAUGGCAAGGCCACUGCACUUCUCCAGCCAGGCAUAUGCAGCAUCUGCCCCGGGCCUGAAGCUGUGCUAGGUGCUGCGGCUGCAGCCACGAGCACUGACAACAUGGAGGUGGUCCUGGCUGUCGGCUGCUGAGCAUGGAUGGUCAUCAGAAACGAGAGGACCAACCGAAGGAGACAGGUUGUGAUCAUCAUGGCACCUGAAUUACUGAUUCUUUUGGGAGCGGCAGUAAUACUGCAAGCAGACUUACUUCCUGAUAAAAAAUUUUUACUUCUACCACCAGUCAAUUUCACCAUUAAAGCUGUCAAUUUAGCUCAAGUUCUUUUACGUUGGGAACCAAAUCCUGAUCAAGAACAAAGCAAUGUCCAGCUAGGAUAUCAUGUGAAAAUAAAUGCUCCACAAGAAGAAGAUUACGAAACCAGGAACACUGAGAGAAGCCUCGUAACCAUCCUUCACAAAGGCUUUUCAGCGAGUGUGCAGACAGUGCCCUGGAAUGACCACUCCCUACAAGCCAGCAGCUGGGUUUCUGCAGAACUUGAAGCCCCAACAGGGUCUCCUGGAACUGAGAUUGUGAAUUUAACUUGCACCACAAACACGAAAGCAGAUAAUUACACACACUUACGACCAUACCAAGUUUCUCUUCACUGCACCUGGCUUGUUGGCAAGGAUGCCCCUGACGAUACACAGUACUUCCUCUACUACAGGUAUCGCUCUUGGAUUGAAGAAUGUCAGGAAUACAGCAAAGACGUUCUGCAGAGAAACGUUGCCUGCUGGUUUCCCAGGACUUUCAUCAAUAGCAAAGGGCGAGACUACCUUGCAGUGUAUGUUAACGGCUCCAGCAAUGAAGCUGCGAUCAAGCCUUUCGAUCAGCUCUUUGCCCUUCAUGCCAUUGAUCGAGUAAAUCCUCCAGCGAACGUCACGGCAGAGAUCAAAGGAACCUGUCUCUCUAUCCACUGGGAAAAACCAGUUUCUGCUUUUCCAAGCCACUGCUUUGAUUAUGAGGUGAAAAUUUACAAUGCAAAGAAAGGAUAUUUUCAGACAGAAAAAAUGACAACCAAUACACUCAUCACCAUAAUUGAUGAUGUUUCUAAGUAUUACAUUCAAGUGAGAGCAGCAGUGAGCCCUGUGUGCAGAGCGACGGGGCUCUGGAGCGAGUGGAGUCAGCCUAUUUACGUGGGGAAGGAUGAUCAGAAGCCCUGGACAGAGUGGUUUCUUAUUGCAGUUAUGAUGACCAUCUGCUUCAUCUUGUUGAUUUUCUCACUCAUCUGCAGAAUAUGCCACUUAUGGAACAAGUUGUUUCCACCUGUUCCAGUGCCGAAAAGUAAUAUUAACGAUUUCUUUGUAAUCAUCAACAAUGAGAAAACUGGUUCCAGUGAAACUGAAGUCAUAAGUUAUGUGGAGGAGGCUGGAUUUGAGACCCUGGAAGACUCCGUGUUUUGACUGUCCCUGGAACAUUCUCAAAAUCAGCUCAUGCUCACGAGCCUCAGUGAUGACAAUGGAAAGGCUGUUUCCUGGCUUUGAGCAGUCUGGAGUUUACAGGACACUCAAUUUAGCUGGAAGGUGAUGCAACGUGACAAGUGUGGACGCCUCGUCACAAUCUCCUAACACACACUGGGUGACUGAUUCGUCCAUCCUGCCAGGUCUGAUCUCUGCACAGGCAGCACCUCCUCACCCUCCAGUCACCUGAUCUGCAUUACUCACCUCACACAUUUUUGUGCAAGAGAGACUGUUAUUAAGGCUAACGUCAGUUGUUUUUACUCUGGUAGUCAGCCACCAACAGUAAUAAUCAACUAAAAUCUCAGGAAGAGAGCAUUUUGUACCUUUCUGGAAUGAACAGUGAACUUGUAUUCAAGACUGUCUUUCCUACAGUAAGUGGGAGCCAUGGUGCUUUUAUUCUGAGUUCGGGAACACUUUUUCAAGUAAUGUGUGGGUGUAGGGGUGUGGGUGUGGGUGUGUGUGGUGGAGGGAGAUGGAGAGAGGGGAGAGAGGAGGGAGGCAGAGAGGUACAAUCAAGUUAGCAUCACUGCAGACAAACUCAUUUCAAACCAUACGGAGCUAACAAAUCAGUCUAUGCCCAGUGAGAGGGACAGGAUUUUGUUUGAAGAUUGUAUUCUCGAAGGCAGCCUUGAUAUUUCAGGAAUACACUGAGAAAGGCACUGGGUGGAAUUGUGCUGGAAGAGGAUCACUCUACCAAGAAUGACUUUUCUGAAGAGAUGUCUGCUCGCAAAGACUUCAGGCAACUUGCUGGGCAUCUGGUCAGGGAGGGCUGGAUCAACCCCGGCGCUAGAGGUUUGGAAUGGGUCCUACACAGUCCUCAUCACACACCCCGAUCUAGACAGGAAUCCCUCCCAUGACACCCUCACGUGCUGCUGGUGGUUCAGUCACUCAGUUGUGUCCUUGCUAUCCCAUGGACUGUAGACUGCCAGGCUCCUCUGUCCAUGGGAUUUUCUAGGCAAGAAGACUGGAGUGGGUUGUCAUUUCCUUCUCCAGGGGAUCUUCCCGAGUCUCCUGCAUUGCAGGCAGAUUCUUUACUGCUGAGGCACCAGGGAAGCUUGACAUCUUCCUGUAUUGUUCGCAGCUAGCUCCUGGGCAGAGGAGGAGUAGGAUGGGCAGCUGGAAACUGAAGGGACCCAACAGUGCUGACUGUACAGGGCCCUGGAACAGGAAGCUUAGGACUGGGAAAGGUCACAGUGCUCAGAAUGGCCUCUGCCAGGGCCCACUUUUUACAUGCUUGUCAUACUUGAUUUAGCCAGUCAGUUCGAUCCAAGAAUGGGGAAGGUUGACUACCAAAUCGUUCCAGGGGCUGUUCUCCUGAUAAACAUCCACUGCACCUAGCAGGAACUGGGUCCAGGACAACAGGCACAGGGAUCUGGCAGCUGUCAGUUACUGCCCACUUCCAAGUGUUAGGGAGCAAAUGUGCCCCACUCCCCACUCACAUGCUAAAACUCUACACCCUACUGUGAUGGCAUUUGGAGGUGGGGCUUUGGGGGAAAAUGAGGCUGGAACGCUCAGGAAUGGGAUUAGUGCUCUACAAGGGGACCCCAAAGAAUUUCUCCCCCAUGUGAUGAUAUGAGAAGUUGCCAUUCUGCAGCCAGGAAGAAGACUCUCAUGAGAACCCCAGCACGCUGACACAAUGAUCUGGGACUUCCAGUCUCCAAAACUGUGAUAAAUAAAUUUCUGUUGUUUAUGAGCCCACUAGACUGUAUGCUUUGUUAAGGCAGCCAGGUGUCAGGAGCUGCA